AUGAUACGACCAAAGCUCCUAUGCAUCAGUCUGGUAUUCUUGAUCGCUGUUUUUUAUGAAACAGAUGGAUAUUACUCGUAUGGUGUGGAUGAAUGCAUCUUCGAUUCCAGGGAAAUGACAGAUGUAGAGUACCUCCGUACUUUUUAUUUUAACCAAGUGAAAGAUGUACAGUUCAACAGCACUAUCAGGAAAUUUGUGGGAUUUACAGAACAGGGAGAGAAGAUUGCAGGUUACUUGAACAACGACAGUGCCACCAUCCAGCAGAUGAGAGGUGCAGUGGACAGAGUCUGCAAACACAAUGGUGCAGUAUUUUUCUCAUCUGUUCUUGACAAAACAGUAAAACCAGAGGUCCGUGUGAGGUCAGUCAAAAAGGCCAGUGGCACACAUCCUACUGUGCUGAUGUGCAGUGCCUAUGACUUCUACCCCAAAGCCAUCAAACUGACCUGGUUAAAGGACGGUCAACCAGUGACCUCUGAUGUGACCUCCGCUGAGGAGAUGGCUGAUGGUGAUUGGUACUAUCAGGUCCAUUCCCACCUGGAGCACAUCCCUAAAUCAGGGGAGAAGAUCUCCUGUAUGGUGGAGCAUGCCAGCUUCACUAAACCCAUGACAUAUGACUUGGAACCCUCUUUGUCGGAAAGUGACACAAAAAAGAUUGCUAUUGGAACAUCUGGACUUUUGCUGGGGGUCAUCCUAGCAGCUGCUGGAUUUAUCUACUACAAAAGGAAGUCCACAGGGCGGUUGCUGGUGCCACAUUAA